GCUCAGCGUGGAGAAGCCCAAAGGCCGGCUGCAGUUUCUCCUCGCAGGGGCUGAGAAGAAUUGCCGGGUCCCCGUUCCUCUCAGAAUGGCUUUAGGUGAUUAUGAGGAAAUUCUCAAGUGCUACGAAUUACAUGAAACGAUUGGAACAGGUGGGUUUGCAAAGGUGAAACUCGCACGCCAUCUCCUCACUGGUGAGAAGGUUGCCAUAAAAAUCAUGGACAAACUUGCUCUGGGGGAUGACUUGCCUCGUGUUAAAAUAGAAAUUGAUGCCAUGAAGAAUUUAAGGCACCAGCAUAUUUGCCAGUUGUAUCACGUGAUAGAGACAUCUGAGAAAAUGUUCAUGGUCCUAGAGUACUGUCCUGGAGGAGAGCUGUUUGAUUACAUCAUUUCUAAGGAUCGCCUUUCAGAAGAGGAAGCUCGUGUGUUUUUUCGGCAGAUUGUUUCGGCGAUUGCUUAUGUUCACAGCCAGGGAUAUGCCCACAGGGACCUCAAACCAGAAAAUCUGCUGAUUGACAAGGAGCAUAAUUUGAAGCUGAUAGACUUCGGACUUUGUGCCAAGCCAAAGGCGGAUAUUUGGAGCAUGGGAGUCCUGCUGUAUGCUCUGCUGUGUGGCUUUCUCCCCUUUGAUGAUAACAGCCUCAUGGCAGUCUACAGGAAGAUCACGCCUUUGUAGUUGAGCAACUCGGCGCGCACUCUAGGCGGAGCGAUCCCCUGUGCGCCCAGCGCUGCAAUAAGGAAUGCCUGCUUUGACACUCCAAAACCGAGUCUUAGAGAGUCCUUAAUCACCGGCUCAUGGUACCAGGGGUGCAUCAGCGACAGUAUCGCAUCAGCCGAGAGUCCCCGAUUCCCAUCCGGAACCUGGUUCGUCGGCUGGAGACCCAAGGCGUGAUCAGCAAGCCUUCCACCUGGAGAGGCAUCCAGUACACCUGGAACUGACUGCCCCAGGGGUGCAAACACAGCCCUGCUGUUAGCAAAGCACAUCCCUGAAAUGUUAUUAGUAGCUAGGGUUGGAAGGCCUUACGGGAGUUCUCACAAAUAAUGAAGAUUCUAUCCCCGACUUUAUCAGGCAUGAGCUAAUUAAAAGAACUCCUCAUCAAGGGAGGCAAGUAGUGCAUCAUUCUCCAGGAAGCACGUGGAGCGUAAGGACCUUGAGGAUGGUACUAAUCUCCGUGUUUUGAGACGUUUAGCCGACUUGUCAGGAAAGUGAAAAUUCUUAGUGUCCCAAGCUGAACUACCUUCAUUAGAAUACUAAAAAUCACGCCCAUAGGUCAAGACAACCCUUGCCCAGGUGAAGACCCUUCCCUUGAGCAUGUGUGGUAGCUGUAACUUGACGGUGUAACUGUAUGUGAGUUACUAACCAGUCAAAUAGGGGUGGGAGGUACUAACGUUCUAGCGAUGUUGUAAAACGUGUAUAAAAAUCACACGGAGAGUUCUGAUGGCUGUGCAUGACAGGAGGAGGUAUCCCCCAUGCACCCGGUGCUGUAAAUAAACUAAUGUCGGCUUUCUAAACCCCAGAGCUGGUUUAGAGAGCGAUAAUUUCAUUAUGGAUGUAGAUAACCCUCUAUUUGCCAUGGCCCGAUCCAGACGGCACUGGGGAAGGGGGGAGCUGCAGAACACCGGCAGUACGUCGAUGACAUCAUUGUGUGGGGUAAUACAGCAGAAGAGGUUUUUAAGAAAGGUAAGAAGGUAGUCAAGAUUAUUUUGAAAGCAAGUUUUGCUACACAAAGAGCCUGAAGUAGCCAGUUCUUAGGAAUCGGGUGGCAGGAUGGGUGUCGCCAGAUCCCAAGGGAUGCCAUUAACAAAAUAACAUCUAUGUCCCCACCUACGAACAAAAAGGAAGCACAAGCCUUUUUAGGUGUGGUGGGUUUCUGGAGAAUGCACAUGCCAGGUUGUAGUCAGAUUGUGAAACCUCUCUGUGAAGCGACUCGAAAGAAAAAGGAGUUUACGUGGGCUCCUGAGCAACGACAGGCCUUGGAGGCAAAUUCAACAAGAGACUGUGCGUGCAGUAGCCCUUGGAGCACUCCAAACAGGAUGGGAUGUUAAAAAUGUGCUCUGUACAACAGCCAGGAACAAUGGCCCUGCCUGCAGCCUCUGGCAGAAAGCAGCAGGGGAGACUCGAGGUCGACCCCUAGGAUUCUGGAGUCGGGGAUGCAGAGGAUCCGAGGCCAACCGUACCCCAACUGAGGAAGAAAUCUUGGCGGCAUAUGAAGGAGUUGGAGCUGCUUGAGGGGUAACUGGUACCGCUCCUCCUGGUGCCCCGAUGAUCAGUGCUGGGCUGGAUGUUCAAGG